AUGGGCGAUCGGGGCCAGAAGCGGAAGCUGUCGGAGGAGCAGGCGCGAGAGAGCUUGAGCGUCUCCUCCGCAGCACUGCCUUUGGGCGCUGUUCCCGUGCGAACGUUGCUGUCGAAUGCGCUGGUGCCAUCAACCUCUGGCUACGAGCGGAAAGACGUGUUGCUAGCAGAGGGCAAGAUCGCCAAGAUUUCCGCGGCGAAAUCGGAACCUAAAUCGACAGCGGAGGUCUUCGUUGACUGUAGCGAAAAGCUGCUUCUUCCGGGAUUCGUGAACGCGCACACGCACAGCACUGAGCAUUGGACGCGCGGCCUCAUCAAGCCCCUUCCACUGGAGCUGUGGGUCGCCCAACUCUACCGCCACGAGCCACGUGGAGACGAAGGCUGGUACGGCAAGGAGAGCCACCAUCGCACACCUGCCGAAGCCCUGGGCGUGUCGGCCCUGCUCUGCGGCGCAGAAUCCAUGCUGUCAGGCUGCACAGCAAUCAUGGAUCAUAUUGCCAUCCGGCACCUGGACGACCUGGACGCCAUCGUCCGGGCUUACAAGGCGCUGGGGAUGCGUGCGUUUGUGGCCCCAAUGCUAGGAGACGACGCUGUGCUCUGGGAAAACUUUAUUCCACUUGUCCCAGAUGCGGCAGCCCGAAAUGCCAAGUGCAGUUGUUGUGGAGGAUUGGGAAAAAACGGCAGCUUCCGCACCCAGCCGGCUGCUCCAGAUUCUGCAAAGACCAAGAAGAUGCUGCAGCUUUGGGAGGAAGCAGUGAAGAGAUUCCACGAUCCGGAAAACGGCAUAGAAAUUGUGAUCGGGCCAGUGACCCCCUACUCUGCAAGCACGGAGCUCCUGCGGGGUGCUGUCGAGCUCCGGAAGAAGUACGGUCUCUGUGGCCACACUCACUUGCUGGAGACACGUGGCCAGGCCAUGCAAGCACGCCAAUGGUUCCCUUCAGGGUCUGCAGUGCAGCAUCUGCUGGACGUGGGCUUCUUGCAGCUUCCUGGCACGAGCUGCGCUCACACCAUCUGGUUGGAGGAUUACGAACUGGCAAUGAUGGCAAAGGCUGGUGCCACUUGUGUUCACAACCCGCUAUCCAACUUGAUUCUUGGCUCGGGUGUAAUGCCCGUGAAGAAGGCGCUGGACGCAGGCGUCUCGGUCUCUGUGGGCUGUGAUGGAUCCUGCAGCAGCAACGGCCAGGAUCUGUUGGAAGCACUGAAGUUGGCAACCACUGUGGCUUGUGUCACCACGCCCGAAUACAGAGACUGGCCGACGGCCAAGCAGACGGCCCUUUCUUUGGCUGCUAGGAAUGGCUACAAGGGUGUGGGGAUGGAGAGCGGAGGGAAGUUGGAAGAAGGGUGUGUUGCAGAUGUGACGCUUUGGGACCUGACUUCUUUGGCUCUGCUCCCUCGAACGGAUCCCAUCUCUUCAUUGGUGUUGGGCUCGCGCACGCAAGCUCCGGGAGCUGGUUCAACUCUACACUCCAGCUGGGUUCGUGGAAUUCGAGUCGUGGCUGAAGGCUCGCUUUGUGGCUUGGACUUGCUGCGCCUUCGCGAGAUGUUGGCCAACGGGCAGGACUACAAGUCCCCUGAUACUACGGAUCCAGCGACGGAUCCCUUCACAAAGGGUUUAGAGGUCGAAUAUCGCGCAGUCUUUGGCUUGGAUGGCCAGGACAGGCUUGUGCCGGUCCCAGAGAAUGUGGCCAAGUAUCGACCCAACUGCGUUCUAUACGAUGCCACGAUCCGCUAG